GCAUCCAUCAGUUUGAACGAGAAGCGCUUUGCUAACAUGACCACUGUCAUCUUUUAUUCUUAGCAGAUUUCCUGAUUAUAUUUCAUUCAUUUUAUUUAGGAAAAUUAUCGGCGGUGGAAAACAAUUUAUGGAAUAAAAAAAGAAAAGAAAACCAACAAAACAAAGAUGAGUGUGUUUGAUCAACGUAAACCGACGUUUUUAAAGACCUACGGAAAACAGAAGCGCAGAGUGGAGCAAUGGAUCUCCCCUGACCUGAGGAAGAAAGCCUUCUCCUUCUCCAGUACACCAUCAUCAGAUCAGUCCAUACCGGAGCUGAAUUCCAAGAAACGAAAAAAACCCAACCAAAAAAGCACAGCUUCAAGCAGCUCCAGGAAUCGCUUGGCAAAACAGAAAGCUAUGGAAGCCUUGAAAGACCCGGAGAGUGAUGAGAGUAAUUUUCUUCCAGAAACAGCUUUCAGGAGGAAACCAAGCACCAAAAUAAUUAAGAAGGCUGCAGUCCCAAGCAAAACGCCAGGCAUACCUGGAUUCACAGCCAGCAAGGAGGAACAUGACAGUCAGUACAGAAUGAGGAUAAGAAAAAAACGGCCAGUUUUUAGCAGCAGCGAGAAUGAAAGUGACUGUUUUGUCACAGAGAACAAACGUUCAAAUGCCCCCAGGCAGAGGAAGACUUCUAAGAUCAAACAUACAAAGCAAGAAGAGAACCGUGAACCAGUUGGUCUGCCCGAUGUGCACAGAUUUGUCACGCAGCGCAAGAGAGUGCCUCGCAUACAAUCUAAGAAACAGACUUGUGAAAAGAGUUUGGGAAUUUCCAACAACACCUUGAAUACGCCAAAAGACUUUAGCUUUGGAAUUCCUUCAUUUUCGAAUGGUAUGACCAAUCCAAAACAGUGCACGAUUCAACAGGAGUCUGAUACUAAGCAUCCUAUCGUGUUUCCCCGUGGCGAUCGCUCAGGCAGAGUGUUACGCGAAGUCUCGUUUAACGAUUUAGAGGAACGGACGAUGUCCUGUAAACACCCGCUGCUGUGCAGUACACCAUCCCUGGUUUCGAAACAAAUCCAGCACUGCCUUGAGCCCUCUCUCAGUGAGAUCUCGUCCUUUAUUUGUGACGAAUUGGACAAGCCUCCUACUCCUCAUUUAUAUGAAAGCUCAGCAAACGAUCUGAGGAGCAAACCACGUAAACCCCGCAUGAGGCAGAGGAGCGACAUGCAAGUAAAGGACUCCCCAAAAACUGAGACAGAGCAACAGAUAAAGGAGCAUGCAAAUGCGCAGUCCAUGUUGAGGAUGGAGAAACAUGAGACAUGCUCAAGUAGUGAAAUUGUGUCUGCUCGGCCACACCUAAAGCAAUUGAAACAGAGGGCUGUUGUCAUGCUGGAGGAGCUUGAAGUCUUGGACAUACUGUCAAAUAAAAGUGAUAAUAGAAAACAAGAGGACAAUAAAACAUAUUCUCCCAGUUCGGAUGCGGGUCCUGCCGCGUCAGCAAAUGCUAUAACAAGCUGCCUUGGCAAGCGAAACCGUCACUUGUCCUCGGAUUACGCCGUGUCGAACGGCAGUUCUCGUGAAACCACUUCUUGCAACCCAUCUUCCUUUUCAUCAGCUUGUCCUCUUUCGGCACCGCAAACCUCUGAGCUCAGUAAUUCACUCCAUGAGCAGAUUGAUCGUCUUAAGGUAGAGUGCCUGUCCUCUUGCCUCACUGUAAGCCUCCAGCAUCUGGACCUGAACACCAUCCCCAAGGCCCAGAAAAAGAUAACCGAGACCCAUAAGGACCUCCAGGUUGCUUCUCCUAUUUGUUCUGGAGCCAAAACUGGGCAAAAUUCCAGCAACUCGAAGAAUUGUGCUUCUUUGUUGGACACUGAAUCAGCAGAGCAAUCAUCUGGCAGUGAAUUCCAGACUGGAGGACUGGUUCGACAGCUGGCGAGCUCAUUCAUUCUAUCUACUAUCCCCCCCGCAACUGUUACAGCUCCAAGUAAAAUGCCGGCAGCGAAAGAAAACGCCAGUCUGUGUACCAGCCGUAAAGUAUGUGUGAGCGGCCUGAAUGCUAGCCGGUGGUCAAAGAGAGGUAUGAGCGAGCAAAAAAGAAAGCAGAGGCAUAAGGAAACUAGGACUAAACCAGGAGAGUUCUCAUCCAGCAACCUGCUGCCCACCGGAGCAGAUUCAUACAUUGGGGAACCUGCUUGUAGCUGGCUGCAGAGCAGCAGAGUGAUGGGAUUGCCCAAAACUCCUAUAAAACUGCUGAACCUUUCUUCCUUUCUGACUAGCUUCACUCCAGAAUCACUUACAACACACAACUGGGGGCGUCUCAAAGCUGCACUGUCCAUACACAAGAGGAAGACAGCAUUUAAAACCCCUCAGCGGCUGGCUCAAGGGAUGAUGGACACCAGUCUAGAGCUUUUUGGCACCCCGAGAUCUUAUAAAGCUUCGACUCACCUGCUCCUGUCCAGCAUAAACAAUACCUCUAUGAUUUCAUGUAAUGAAGACAUCAGUGAUGCAGAGAAAGUGUAUCAGGAGUGUCAGCAAGAAGGCCCCAUUUCCUUUGAUGAUUGCCUUGCUCCUGAAGCCAUGAAACACUGCAUUAAGAUUGGAGAGGGCACGUUUGGUGAGGUCUUCUCCAUUGUGAAUGACGCCAAGCAGACGGUGGCUCUCAAAAUUAUUCCAAUCGAAGGCAGUCAGAAAGUCAAUGAUGAAGCACAGAAAACGUUUGGAGAAGUUCUUCAUGAAAUUAUCAUUUCUAAGGAGUUAAGUGCACUCAAUUCCAAGGAGUACAACAAAACCAGUGGAUUCAUCGGCCUCAUUAAUCUUCACUGUGUGCAGGGGUGCUAUCCCAUCACCCUGCUCAAAGCAUGGGACAAGUUUGACAAAGAAAAGGGAUCGGAAAAUGACAGACCUGAUUUCUUUGGUGCAGAGCAGCUUUUUCUGAUCCUGGAGUUUGAAUUUGGAGGCAGUGAUUUGGAGAAUAUGAAUGGAAAGCUCGCAUCUAUGGCCCAAGCUAAAAGCGUGCUGCACCAGGUUACUGCUGCGCUGGCUGUUGCUGAAGAGGCACUUUGCUUCGAACACAGGGACCUGCACUGGGGAAACAUUCUGGUGAAAAAUACUAAAGAGAAGCAGAAUCAGUUUAUUCUGAAUGGAUAUGUGCACUCUAUAGAGACACGAGGAGUUCAUGUUAACAUUAUAGACUAUUCGCUCUCACGUCUUGAGAUCGAUGGCCUAACUGUGUCCUGUGAUAUUGCAAAUGAAGAAGAGUUAUUCAUGGGCCAGGGGGACUACCAAUUUGAAAUCUACCGUCUCAUGAAGAAAGAGAACAAUAACUGCUGGACGGAUUAUAAUCCUCACUCCAACGUACUGUGGCUACACUAUCUGGCAGAUAAGCUUUUGACUAUGAGGUACAGGAAUAAAUCACAGACAAGCCAACAGAGGGCCUUGAAAAGCAGCCUGAAGUCAUUUCAGUCAGAAGUUCUCAACUUUCAAUCAGCAAAAGAUGUCCUCAUGCAGUCCACUCUGUUUCAGUAAACUCCAGUGUGUGCUGAUGUUUUUUUUUAACAGUGCUUUCAGACCUGUUUAAAUUGUUGUAAAGUACAUUGUAGACUGAUGUAUUAAAUUCUUUGUAAAAAAAAAAAAAAUUAAUAAAAAAUCUAUGAAAAAGCAAAUAAAGAAAAAUGGAUUUUC